GCGCGAGGCCAGCGGAGCGGCAUGGCGAAGCGGAGGGGCUGGCUGCGUGGGGAGGCCUGGGCCGUCUGCCUGGGGCUCUGCGGGGUGGCGCUGGCCCUGCUGCUGGUGCGGGCCUACGUCCUGCGCUCCCCGCCGGGCCCGCGGCUCUGGUGGCGGCGAGUCGCGCUGGGCUUCGAGCUCAGCGCCCGCGACAGGCAGGAGCUGAAGGAGGCGCUGAGAGGUGCCAUCAAAAUCCAAACAGUCUCCUUCUCUCCAGAGGACCAAAAUACAACAGCAUUGGCAGAAUUUGGGAAUUAUAUUAAAAAAGUUUUUCCUGCUGUAUUUUCUACCAAGUUCAUUCAACAUGAGAUCAUUGGGGGAUACAGCCAUCUCUUCACUGUCCAGGGUUCUGACCCCCAGCUCAUGCCCUACAUGCUGCUUGCUCACAUGGAUGUAGUCCCAGCUUCCCAAGAGGGGUGGCAUGUCCCUCCUUUCUCGGCUAAGGAACUUGACGGUUUCAUCUAUGGACGAGGAACAGUGGACAACAAAAAUUCUGCUAUAGGUAUUCUGCAAGCUCUAGAAUUCCUGCUGAGAAGACACUACAGACCUCGCAGGUCUUUCUAUAUUGGCAUUGGACAUGAUGAAGAGGUAUCUGGUCAUAAGGGAGCAAUGAAGAUUGCAGCUCUGCUGAAAACUAGAGGAGUGAAGCUUUCUUUCCUGCUAGAUGAGGGAAGCGUUAUCUUAGAUGGGUUCUUGGUGGGAAUAAAGGAUCCAGUAGCAGUAAUAGCUAUCACAGAGAAGGGUUCAAUUACAGCGAACUUCAGUGUGGAAAAAGAGCAAGGUCAUUCCUCUGCCCCUCCUAAGGAGACGAGUAUCGGUAUUCUUGCAGCGGCAUUGUCCAGGUUGGAGCAGAAUCCCAUGCCCAAUCUGUUUGGCCAUGGACCAGAAAUCUUGAUUCUUGAGCACUUGGCUUCAGAGUUCCGUUUUCCUCUCAAUCUCGUCAUGACCAACCUGUGGCUGUUCUCGCCCAUCGUCAGCAGAAUUUUCGAGCAGAAGCCCUCCACUAAUGCCUUGAUUCGGACCACCACAGCAAUCACCAUGUUUAAUGCAGGAAUCAAGUCCAAUGUCAUCCCACCUUCCGCAAAAGCAACUGUGAAUUUUCGGAUCCACCCAUCACAAAAGGUUGAAGAGGUGCUAGAGAUAGUCAAAAACACUAUUGCUGAUGACAGAGUAAAGAUACAUCUACAGGAAGCCUUUGACCCACUCCCUAUCAGCCCCUGGGAUAAUGAUGUCUUUGGAGUCCAGAUUAUCCAAAGAACCCUACUGGAUGUUUUCCCCCAUGUCAGCAACGUAGCUCCAGGUAUUUGUAUUGGAAACACAGACAGCCGGCACUUCACUAAUCUCACAAAUGCCAUUUAUCGAUUUAACCCACUAGUAUUUAAACCGGACGAUUUACCCAGAGUCCAUGGCUUGAAUGAGAGGAUCUCAAUUGAGGGCUAUGAGAAACAAGUGGAGUUUCUCUACCAGCUGAUUCAGAACUCUGAUAUUGACAAGCUCCCAGAGCCUCAUGCAAACUCCCAUGAGCUGUGAGACAAAAGAAAUGGGGAGAGGAGCAACUAUUGAGGUGACUCAUGGGAUGGCAGUGACUUGGGGUAUACAAAGCAGCUACUUAUUGACAUUGCACUGUGUUCUGGAACUAGGUUAUUGUGGAUGGUAAUUUGCAUAGAGAUGAAAAGCAAUGAGGCUGCUGUCAUCAGAUACAAAGCCUGCCAAAAAGUAAAGGGAAAUUUGAAAUGGCAGAAGAGAAUUGGAGCAAUGGAAAAAGCCUCUGAUCUUCACACCACCUCAUCUCCCUACCUUCACCUGCAGCCAUUAGAUACAUGCUACUAUUAAAGGGAAAUGCUAUGGGAUGGAGCUUAGGGGGAUGGAGCUUGGGGGAGGGAAUG